GAUUCUUGGUUGACCUAUUGAGUAAAUAAAAAUGGCGAUCGAAAAACGAAAAAGAAAAACAGAAGGUUAUUUUCAACAAAUACCUGUUGAUCUAGUAAAGUAUUUGUGAUAAUGGACAUAAAUCUUAAUUCUGCAUAUCAAAAAACAUCAUCUGAAAACAGUUUAGCGGACAAAGAAGAAACAAAAAUAGAAAAACAACCAACAACACUGACUGAGCAUCAUCGGGAAGUGAGUCAAAGUUUAUAUUUUUCGUCAAAUGUCAAAACAGUAAACCCUGUGGAAGCAAUAGCUGACGGUCCAAUAAAAUCAAAUUCUCUACCCAAACGAAAGAAGAGGUCACGACCAUCUUUUAAAUUGGUCAUCAAUCUUAUGAGUCGUUUUAAAACUUCUUCAAGUGUUGAAAAAAAUUGUGUGGAGACCGGGGGUCCAAAAGGGGGAUGGACUCCUUCACUGCCACGGAAAAGUGGACAGUCUAGUGGUAAACAGGCCAAAGAUUUGUCUUCAUCUCCACUGAUGACUCGAUCGUUUAACAGUUUGUGGAACGUUGUUCCGGGUACCGUUGGUAUCCCAAAUCAUGGGAACACUUGCUUUAUGAAUGCUGUGAUACAAUGUUUGAGCAACACGGAUUGGUUCACCAAGUACUUCAUUUUAAAACAGUUCAAAGAUGAUAUGAAAAGCAAAUCCUUUUCAAAAAAGUUUAGCAGUCAGAAGAGUGAUGUAACAGAACAAUUAGGAAAAUUACUAGAAAGUCUGUGGAGUAAUAAUUCAAAUGUUGUAACAGAAGUCUCAAAUGGAUUUAAAAGUGUUGUAGGGAAGAACAACAGUCAGUACAAAGGAUCAGAGCAGCACGAUUCUCAGGAGUUCUUUCUGUGGCUUCUUGAUCGUCUUAAUGAGGACAUUUUCACAAGCUACAAGAAAAAAGAAAAGACAAAACGGUUAAGUACCUCAGACAUCUCUGAUGAGGCAGCAGCUAAGGAGGUAUUACAGCAGAACAGUGGCUGUGUCCCGUACAAUCUAUUCCAAGCUCUGUAUCGCUCUUCACUUAAAUGUCCAAAAUGUCAGAAGCUGAGCAAUACAUUUGAAUCCUAUCUGUGUCUCUCCUUGCCAUUGCCUGUGCGCACUACGAGGCCAGUUUAUGUGAUCUAUGUCUCUAGGGAGGUGGAACCAAUGCAGAUCAAGAUUGGGUUGACACUGAAUGUCCAUGACACAGUUCGGGAACUAAGAGAGGCAACUGCUGCAUACAUGGAAAUUUCUCCAUCCAGGAUUGUGUUGUGUCAGAUAUUUGAGGAUGGGAUCCAGAAUCGUUACUGUGAUGACCAGCCCUUGACUGACAUAUCAGAGGUGGAGUCGGUUUACGCUAUAGAAACACUAGCACCUCCCGGUCAGGGCAGCAGUAAUCCCGAAGAGUUUGAGUCUUCCUACACUCAGCUGAUUGUUAUAAACACAGAGAAAAGAUCCUCACCAACCAGAUAUGCAAGGUUUUGUGCUCCAGUCAUUCUGUGUGUUCCUAGAGAUAUAGACUUUAGAAGUUUGCAGAAGAAAAUUCUAACUGUGAUGGGAGAGUGCAUAAAAGAGGGACUUUUGACACAGAAGUUGGAUGUGCUGUUCAGACUGCGGCUUGUUGAUGAAUUUUCAGGAAAGCGAUACUAUUUACAAGAUGAUGAAGAAAUUAUGCCUCUCUAUACACAAGCAGUGGAUAGUGCUUUGACUUAUGGAGCUGAAUAUGGUCCUCAGCAUAUAGAGCUUGUGGCCGAGUGGGACCAUGCUAUCAAAGAGAGAGUGAUAAUCAAAGACAAUGAUGUGCUGCAUGAAGAACCGAGUGUGAAGAGAGUACGGAUGUCACAGCAGCAGCCAUUGAAAGUCUCUCUAGAUGAAUGCUUCCAAAUCUUCACCAAAGAUGAAAAGUUAAGUGGAGAUGAUGCCUGGGAAUGUCCACACUGCCAUAAACAGCAGAAAAAUGCCACAAAAACAAUUGGUCUGUGGUCACUUCCAGAUGUACUGGUCAUCCAUCUCAAGCGCUUCAGACAGGUGGGACUACGUAGAAGUAAGCUGAGUACUUUGGUGGAUUUUCCUGUGAGAGAGCUUGACAUGGCCUCACAUGUUGUAAAGCGACCACACACCAAUGCUGAUGACACAGAAAUGAUAUACGAACUUGAGGGUGUAUUAAAUCACUAUGGCAACAUGCAAGGUGGUCACUACACAGCAUUUUGUAAGAACCCAGUGGAUAGCAGGUGGUAUGAGUUUGACGACUCUAAAGUGAAGCCCAUGGCCGAGGCUGAGGUAAAGACCUCAUCUGCUUACCUGUUGUUUUAUCAAAGGAAGGGUGUGAUGGAUUCAGUGAGAGAGGACCUUGAAUCUGGAUAUCACUGGAUCUACAAAUUGUACCCCAAUGCCUAUAAAAAUGUAGCCAAAAAUUUGAACAGGAAUGAAAGUAACCCACAGCCUCGGUAUACAGAAAAUAUUAUGGAUCAAGAUAUUCCACACUCAAUGAAUUGUCCAGAUCCUAUUCCACUCAUGACAGCAAAUGAUCCACCAAAACGUGUUCAAAACUCUCCAACUAAAGUAAAAGAUAAUUCUCUCCAAAAAUCUGACUCUGAGCCAAGCAUAUGUAAAAAUGAAGUCAAGCAUGCCAAGACAAACUCAGAUAUUGUACCAGAAACUGUUCCUGACAUAGCAUGGAGAAAUAAAGAUGUUGACAGUACUGAUCUUGUGAAGCCAAGUCAGCUGAGAAAUCUUUUGAAAAAGGGUCAGGAUGUGCAAAGGGAGACCAGUCAAAUAGCAAAGGGUGACAUAAAUAACAGAAAACCGUAUGAUCAUACCAAAUAUGCAGAAAUAGGCAGAGACCACCACUCUCCAGAGAAGCAGGCAAUGCCACCAAAGAAUGAAAAUAGUGAAAAGAAGCACUCCAGUGGAAGUGGGCUCACUGUUAAGCUACCAGAAAAGGAGGUGUUUAUUGUCAGACAGAAUCACAAAACUGGACAGACAACUGUGGAAUCUUUCAGUAAACAUCUUUCUCAGGUAGAAACUCUGAAAAAACAAUUGAUCAAUUCUGGUCCUCAGAGCAAUGGGAACCAUCCAAGUAAACUGGAUUCUCAUGACACCAGUAAGAAACUAGCUGCCCUCCAAAUUAGAGACAGAAGUGACCACAGAGAUGAAGUUGAUGUGCCAGUAGGACCAAAGUCCCUUCCUUCAUCAUAUUCAUCAAGAUUGGAGACAACACAAGUAAACAUGUCUAAGUCAUAUUAUGGUCAGAGGACCCCAGAAGAUCACCCCCUAUCACCAAUUGAUUUUAACAGACAACUGUCAAAUCCAACCAAAAGUGGAUUUGUUGAAAAAGAGGCACCUAGAAACCCACCUGUCAAACGAAGUAAAAGUCAGACAAGGACUAGAGAACAGGAGCAAAAUGCCAUCAAUGACCUCAGGAACCAAGUCCAUGAUCAGAGAAAUGGUGUUAGUGUUAACAACAAAUAUGCUACUAUAGCUAGAGUGAAUCAGAGUUUCCAAGGACAUAAGCACCAAGAUUCAGCAGUUGUACGGUCUUCUACAGAGGGUAGUCUUGGUAACAACUCAAUGGUUCCUGGUCAUCAGAUCACAGACAGGCAGGACUAUGAUGUAGGUUUACCACUGAGGCAGGAAAUUUUGGAGAUUAGAGAUACCAUUCAGAGUUCCCCACAUCUCCACCAGGCUGGAUCUAGAAAACCAGUUUACGAUGGUGUGGUGAACACAGACUCACAUUCAUACACUGAAGGAUUUCCUCGCUAUCAACCCCACAAACAUUACAGAAAAACUCCAAAUAGGGAGGAACUGGAAAACCUCAAAAAGGAAAAACUGUAUUCUCCAUGUCUUAAAGAAUCCUCUGUCUAAAGAGUUCAUUUUAGAACUGUAAAUUGGCACUUCUCUAGUGUGUAAUCUUUGCUAUUUAUUUUGCUUAGCUAGAGACUUACCUCAAUAUUACACCAUGACUAAUGUGCAGUGUUUGCAAAACAACAACAUUAAAAAAGGAUUGUAUCAUCUAUGUAACAGACCUCAAAUUGUCAUUAGGACAUACUUAUGACAGAAGAUCUUGCAUGUUAUUGUUAAGCCUUUUUCUCUUCUUUCUCUUCUUGUAGGCACAUUCAACAUCUGAACAGCAAGUUAUGAUUGGAGGGACACUUUUAGCUAUGACUGGAUAGACACUUAUGAUAAAGACUGUUAGCUUUGACUGGAAUAGACACUGUUAGCUAUGACUGAAUUAUUAUCUGUUAACUGUAAACUUUGACUGGAUAGACUGUUAUGAUAAAGACUGUUAGCUUUGACUGGAUAGACAGAGUUAUGAUAGACACUGUUAUGAUAAAGACUGUUAGCUUUGACUGGAUAGACAGAGCUAUGAUAGACACUGUUAUGAUAAAGACUGUUAGCUUUGACUGGAUAGACAGAGAUAUGAUAGAAACUGUUAGCUAUGACUGGAUAGACACUGUUAGCUGUAACUGGAUAGACAUUGUAAGCUAUAACUGAAUGAACACUCUUAGUUAUGAUUGGAUAGACACUGUUAGCUAUAACUGGAUAGACAUUGUUAGUUAUGAUUAGAUGAACACUGUAUUGAAAAUUACUGUGCAAUUUAGUGUUAAAUGGCUAUAAAAUUUUGAUUACUGUAAAUCACAUUUUAUUUACAAGAAAAUUAUUUGAUAGUACUACUUAGAGAUUGCAUUGACCUGAAGAUAAAAUUCUUGUUAUUGUGCAGAGAAUAUACUGAUACUUAGUCUACCAAAUAAAUACAAUCUUAUUGUCAAAAUAGUCAAGAGAUAUACAGCACCUCGAAGUUAAUUAAAUUCAUUUUCAUUUCAUGAGGGCUUCUUUGAGGAUUUUGCCAUGUGAUACAGGGUUUUAAAAACACCUUAAAGUGUGGCACCUGUAUUGUAAUUUAAUUAAUUACAGGCAUUGUAACAUCUUUGUUGCUUUAUUUUGACUCAUGCAAUUGUUAUAAUACAUGUGUUUAUGUAUGUAUUUUUGUUUGUGUUUACUUCCAUGAUACAACGACACCAAGAUGUAAUAUAGAAUGUAUAAUCUAUACGUAUCAGAAAACUGUCCUACACUCAAUGCAUUUAUAUUCAUUGUGAUUUUGUCAAAUUUUCUCUUAGAAUAUGCGUCUUAAUGUACUAAUGUGUAAAUAAGUAAAAACAGUUAAAGGGGAUUUUUGUGUGUGUGUUCCAAAGAUCAAAAACUCAUUAUUUUUUCAUUUUUGCAUUUGAAUUAUAGGUUGUCUUUAGCAUCUUUUAAAGGAAUACAUAAUGCUUAUAACAGAUGAUUGUAAAUAUGUAGUGUCAAUUAGGGAAGACAGGAGAGAACUUUUUCCAGAUAGCUUGCCACACGAAGUAUUUUUUUUUUCAAACAAACAGUGGUAUUGUUAAGUGUUUUACUGCUAGAAGGGAGUGCACUGAAUUGAUCCCUUAGAUUAACAAUUCAUUGUGUUAAGUGCAAUAAUAAGUGCUUCAUGGUUUGUGAUGGUGAAGUGUAUAUGAAUUAUCUAUUAUAUUAGAAUGACUGGAGUUCUAGAACUCUGUAUUAGUAGUAAUUACGCACAUUCCAGGUUGAUGGUUUAUGUACAUAUUACACAUGCAAGGCAUGUGAACCAUGUGACAUUUCAUACAGCUAUGAAAUACUUUGAAAAAUGGCAUUAACACAUUACUUAUGAUUGUAUACAAUUUACUCAUUAUUCCAUUAGUUGUUUAAAGUUCUAGUUGGUGCAUUAUAUAUUUACAUUUUCUUAUGUCAUUCCACCUGUUUAAAAAUGGUUGUGUCCUUAUAUAUACCUUGUUUUUUCUUUUACUUUUUUGUGUUAUCAAUUUUUUUUCAUUCUUGCUUUAAUGCUACAUAUAUUUUGAGAGGAGGACUAGGAAAUCUAAGUUUUCAGCAGAUUGACAAUUUUGUCCUGAAGGAACUGGUUCUUUCUUUACAACUAAAAAUAGAAUUCAUUGUGGUAUAUUUUGUUGACACUUCUAUUAUAUAUUUCAUUUUAAAAUUGGUUUUUAAAAUUUUAAAGAAUUGAAAAAGAAAAUUCAUUAUAUUUUAUUGGCAUUCCAUUGUACAGGUAUAGUAUACCAAUUCACAUUUUUUUUUUUGGUCAUGAAUUAAUAUUUAUAAUCAUUCAUCAACUUGGGUGUCAUAAGUGGAAAAAUUAGAUCAAACAAUGUGUUUAGAUAAUUAUACAUUUAGUGUACAAUGAUUCAUCUGUACAGUAACACAACCUUUGUAAUUAUCAGUAUUUCUUAUAUGCUCAGGAUCAUUUUACAGGAAACUGUUAUUGGAAUAGAGCAGUAUGUGUAACUACUGGCUUCUCACAUUUACUGUUUUUCAAACAUUGUUUAAGCAUAUUUUUCAGUUGAUUUAUUUCAAGUUAUAAAACAUUUUGCAAAAAAGUACUUGUUAAAAGAAAAGUCAAAUCCUAAAUUCAAAAGAAUAGAAUGUUAUUGACCCAAACACAUAUUAACAUACAUGUAUAAACAUAAAUAAUGCAAUUUACUAGUGAACUGAACUAAUAUUUCAGGACAAUUAAUAUAGAAGAGAUACCUUUACUCUUGUAUGCUAUUUCUUACCAUUGAAGGUACAUGUUAAGUUACAUAGUGGAGAAAAAAAUGAACAUUUUAUCAGGAGUCAGGAGCAGGAAUCAGUUGGAGAAAUUAUACACAGUUAUAAAAUAAAAUGAUAAUAUUUCACAGAACAUUUAUUAUUAUACACGUAAAGGCAGUAUGCUAUCUCUUUUUUCUGAAAAUUUAAUUUCUAAGUAUACGUAUGGAAACUGAAAUUAUUAAUCUCGAAUUAUUCGAAUUAUUCUCGAAUAAUUUUUUGAGAGAAAGUGAAGACUUAUUAAAAUUGUUAACAUUUGUUUUCUGACUGGUUGUACAACUUGAGCAUUCCAGCUUUGUUAAUUUUUAUCUUUGUUUUUGUUGAUGUAGCCUUUUCAGGUUCAUUCAUUGUAAAUUUGUCAUUCAGAAUUUUAGUACAGUAUAUAACACAUAUACAUGUAUGCCAAGAAAUAA